UGGAAUUCAAAGGAGCCAUUUUGGCAAGUCUAUUCACGGUCCAGUUUACUUUUUUUUUUUUUUUAUGUUGUACAGGUCUUACUAAAUCUUGUCCGUCUUAUGCAAAUUAAAAAGGGACAUUCAAAGGAGAACUAAUGAUUACCAUCCUGCACUGUCGAUGGAAAACAGAAGCAGUGUCUUGCUCAAGCCAGGGUAGGGCCACUGUUCUUCGUUCCCGAGCCGAAUCCCCACAUGAUGUUGAAUUAUGAAUGCGCCACAUCAUGAGUCUCUUGUGGCAGGUAACUGUGCACUGGAACGCAGCCCUGCUCUGUGCAGUCUACCUCAUGGUGCGAGCGUGGAGUGUGUGUGCCACCCCCACCGGACCCCAGAACUGCCCAGCUGUAUGUUCCUGCAGUAACCAGUUCAGCAAGGUGGUGUGUACCAGGCGUGGCCUGGUUCGAGUGCCUCCUGGCAUCCCGACUAACACACGGCAUCUCAACCUCAUGGAGAACAGCAUCGAAGUAAUCCAUGCUGACACCUUUCGACACCUCCACCAUCUGGAAGUGCUGCAGCUUGGCAGGAACUCCAUCCGGCAGAUUGAGGUGGGGGCCUUCAAUGGUCUCACCAAUCUUAACACCCUGGAGCUCUUUGACAACCGGUUGACUGUAAUCCCAAGUGGCGCUUUUGAGUACUUGUCUAAGCUGCGGGAAUUAUGGCUCAGGAACAACCCUAUUGAAAGCAUACCGUCUUAUGCAUUCAACCGUGUCCCCUCCCUCAUGCGACUGGAUUUAGGAGAACUGAAAAAACUGGAGUAUAUCUCUGAGGGUGCUUUCGAAGGAUUAUACAACUUGAAAUACCUAAACCUUGGAAUGUGUAAUCUGCGGGAGAUGCCUGUCCUCUCCCCAUUGGUGGGGCUGGAGGAACUGGAGAUGUCAGAAAACUACUUUCCAGACAUAAAACCAGGAUCCUUCAGGGGUCUGAAAUCCCUUAAAAAACUCUGGAUUAUGAACUCCAAAAUCACCACCAUGGAAAGAAAUGCGUUUGAUGAUGUCACAGCCUUGGUUGAACUCAACCUGGCCCAUAAUAACCUUAGCUCUUUACCCCAUGACCUUUUUUCACCACUGAGUUACCUGGUAGAGCUGCACUUGCACCAUAACCCAUGGAGGUGUGACUGUGAUGUAGUAUGGCUGGCGUGGUGGCUACGAGAGUACAUCCCUACCAACUCCACGUGUUGCGGCCGCUGCCAUAGCCCUGCCCAUUUACGAGGACGCUACCUCGUUGAGGUGGACCAGACUACGUUUCAGUGCUCUGCUCCUUUCAUCCUAGAUGCUCCACGGGAUCUUAACAUAUCUGCAGAGAGAGUAGCCGAAUUCAAGUGUCGCACAGCUCCCAUGUCAUCCGUCAGAUGGCUUCUACCCAACGGAACGGUUCUGACUCAUGGCUCCAAUCAUCCAAGGAUUUAUGUUCUCAAUGAUGGAACUUUAAAUUUCUCCAAUGUUCUGCCCUCUGACACAGGUGUGUACACCUGCAUGGUGACAAACAUGGCUGGAAACUCCAAUGCAUCUGCUUACUUGAAUGUGAGCGCGGCAGAGCUUAACACAUCUGAGCACCUAAGCUAUUUCACCACAGUCACUGUGGAAAUAGUGGAGUCAACAUCAGAAGAGGUAAUCAAACCGAAGACGGUUACGGCCUCACCCUCCGUCUUCCAGCCUGUGUUUAUCUCAACUCCAACUGUGCUACUGCAGACACCAAGACAGGUUAGUGUGCCAACUAUCCGAGGAACAGUGGGCCCACGCGCCAGCUUAGACGAGGUGAUGAAGACUACAAAGAUCAUCAUUGGCUGCUUUGUUGCCGUCACGCUGCUCGCUGCGAUCAUGCUAAUUGCGUUCUACAAACUCCGUAAACGACACCAAAAUAGGAGCACAGUAGCAGCUGCCAGGACUUUGGAGGUCAUUCAGAUGGGGGAGAACGUUCCUCCUUCUACAUCGGGAACAACUUUACCAGGAGAGGGUGGGAUGGUGCUACCAAGUCUGAGAGAUCGUAACAACACUUACAAAUCCAGCUACAGCACCUACAAACCAGCACACUCUGCUCCCUGGGGAGAGAACAGCAUUGGCAAUUCUCUACAUCGCCCUCAGUCCAUAACCGUCAGCACUAUCCCGGAACCCUACUUGCAUAAAACUCACACCAAGGAGAAGGUACAGGAAACCCAGAUCUAACAUUCCUAAACCCUUCUCCUCCUUCUACCCUUUUUUUUCUGAUCCUCAUGAAAACAUGCAAUAGAAUGCACAAAGGAAAGACAGCGAUUACUUUUGUACCCAGUGCAAAAAUGAGACUGUUUUUCUUGUACAUGCUUAUAUAUAAAUAUAUGAAUAUAAAUAUAUAAAUUAAUCCGCUAUGGGGUGAUAAGAGAAGCAGAUUAUAUAUUAAAAAAAAACAAUGGAAAAACUGAAUUUAAAACUAUUUUCUAAUGUGUAACUUCUAUUUAAGAUGGGAAAAAUGAAAACAAUGACAUUACACUGCAGAUGCGAGCAGAUUUGUUUGAAAAGUCUGUGGUUUUUAGACCAUGCUAGAUAUUAAUCCAGUAACAUUUCUACAUAACUGUCCCCAAAAGAAUAUUUACAAGUUUCUCUUGUAAGAGCACCAAGAAUUUGUAAUGUGCCAAAUGUUAUACAUGAAAUUUGGGUCAAUGAAACAUACUACAAAACAAUGCAAGACAUAGUUGCAAAAAAAAAAAAAAAAACCUAAACAAAAAAAAACCAACAAAAAAAAAAAGGUAUAGAAAAAACAAAAACAAAAAAAAAAAAACACCCAAGUUCUCCUGAGUCUGCUGAGUCUCAGUAGCUAUCAGCCAAAAGGUUCUGGUCUCUUAUGUGCUUUUUUCAGUGAGUGUUUUUGCAGUUUAACUUCAUAUUCAAGGAAAAUCCCUAGUACUGAACAAACACCUACAGCAUUUUCAUAAGUGUACCUGGGUACAAAUUAACAUUGAUUCUUCAUUCAAUACUGGGGAUUCUUCUCUGCAGUUUUUUUUUGUUUGGUAUUGAACCUGUGUCUCAGCAAGAAGCAGUGAGGUAAUCUGAUUCCUGCUUCCCCCCCUCAAUUCCCCUUAAGCCUCUUUAGGUUUUUUGUUUGUUUGGUUUUUUCGGAUUUGACAAAUUUACCAACACUAGUUCUGACCAUUAUCCUCUCUGUUACGGUCCAAAAAUGUUUAAAAGUUCCUGAAUGCUUUCUUAAGACUUAAGCAGCUUUUAGGGCUAAAAUAUAGUUCACAAAAAUGUUACAACAAUUGCCUCAGAUUAGUAGUGUAAGGGCUGAAACAGGACGUUUAUUUGCAACACUGCAGAGAUACUUGCAAUGUCACGAUGGUUUGUUGCAAGCUGUUAACAUUAUCAUAACUGCUUACGACUUUUUCUUUUUUGUCUGUUCCGUUGAUCUCUUUGUCGAGAAAAGGGUAUACAAGAGAAUGUGUGAAUUUUAGGUUGUCCUCAAUGGUGAUCAUUCAAACGGUGAAUUUCAUUUGUCCUUAUUUCGAGCAACACUAUUUUUAUGAGGAGUCUUCAGAGGUUACAACAAUAAAACAUUUGGUUUGUAUUUCUCUAAA